UGACGUAGCGGCCGAGGAGGAGUUACUUCCUGUUAAUCCAAACAUCGACGAAACAACAUCCACCGAGAUUCAUCGAUAGCAAAACCCUUAUAAACCGUAUAUUAAUUAACAGCAUGGCUGCUCAGAAGAUAAACGAAGCCCAUGAGCACAUAGCUAAAGCGGAAAAAUGCUUAAAGACAAGUCUGACAAAGUGGAAGCCGGAUUAUGACAGUGCUGCAUCAGAAUACGCCAAAGCAGCUGUGUGCUUCAAGAAUGCGAAGCAGUAUGAGCAAGCAAAGGAUGCUUACCUGAAGGAAGCUGAGUACCACACAGAAAACAAGACACUUUUUCAUGCUGCAAAGGCUAUUGAACAAGCAGGUAUGAUGAUGAAGGAGCAAAAGAAAAUGCCCGAGGCCAUCCAGCUAAUAGAGAAAGCCUGCAUGAUGUACAUGGAGAACGGGACUCCCGACACUGCUGCCAUGGCCCUGGACCGCGCUGGAAAACUGAUUGAGCCUCUAAACCUGGAGAAAGCUGUGGACCUGUAUCAGAAGGCAGCUGGUGUAUUUGAGAAUGAAGACCGCCUCCGUCAGGCCGUAGAGCUGCUGGGCAAAGCCUCCAGACUGCUGGUCAGGUUAAAAAGGCUGGACGAUGCAGCAGUCGCCCUGCAGAAAGAGAAGAACAUGUACAAAGAGAUCGAGAACUUCCCCAUGUGCUUCAAGAAAACGACCGCUCAGGUGUUGAUUCAUCUUCACAGAGGCGACUACGUAGCAGCUGACAAAUGCGUCAGAGAAAGUUACAGUCUGCCGGGCUACAGCGGGAGUGAAGACUGCGUUGCCAUGGAGACGCUACUGCAGGGCUACGACGAGCAGGACGAGGACCAGGUCUACCGCGUGUGCAACUCACCUUUACUGAAGUACAUGGACAAUGAUUACGCCAAACUGGCCAUCUCCCUGAGGGUACCUGGAGGAGGAGGGAAGAAGAAGAAGGCAGCUGCUCCUCCAGCAGGGGGCGCUGGCGGGGCGCCGGCCGCUGCAGAUGAGGACGACGACUACGAGGGCGGCCUGUGUUAGCCCAUCUGCCUCCACCAGCGCCGACUCUGCGCACCUGCUGCCCCCAACUCUGUGUGCGAGUUCAAAUCCCCUCGCAGCUGUGAAGCCCCAGUGUUUGGCUGUUUGAUCUUUAUCGUGCAAAAAAAAAAAAGAGUAUAUCUAUAACAACAAUAAUAAGAAGAAGUAAACUAUAAAAACCAACCCAACAGUUACAGUAGGUGUUGCAGAAGAGUGGAGCUGAACCUUUUAAACUGGUGUUAUUAUUUGAGGGGGAUCCUCAGCCUGUCGUCUGUAUAUGUUCUAUUAUUUCUCGUCUCUGUGAAGCUGUAAAUUCUGCUGUUCUUGUUUGUGGGUAGAGUGUAAGAUUAGUAGCUAUAUUCCAAUCAGAAAUACUAUAAAAUAUGUCUAUAUGACUUGAUCAGUGUAUAGGUGUUUAUUUGUACAGAGGUAAUUUAUUCAGUAUUCAUGGCUGCCGCCUGGAAAUGGAGCAAUACGCAGUCAGGCUGUCAACGCAUGUCAUUAAUGGUUCAAAUGAAAUAAAACAUUAAUGCUUAAGAAUGAUUGACACCGUUGUCCUCAGCACUAGCGCUUAUUUAAGUCUAGAAAAGAAAUUAAUAACCGUUGACACAGCUUAAAUCUAAGCUAGACUGUUUGUUUGUUACCUUAAAAUAAAAUAAAAAAAUAUAUAUAUAUAUAUAGUCCUGGCCGUGUGUUAACUCCCAGCUUCCACAGUUUUAUCCUCAAAAUAAACGAAAAGGGACCACGCAGUGAGGUGUUCAGUGCAUUUCCCCGCUGAUGCUGUGUUUGUGAGCAAAGUCCUCCAAAUGCCAAUUAAAAAUGUCCUAACGCUAAUUAAAAAAAAGGGAUUGUUUACAUUUUAUUUUUAUUCGUGCCCACUUCUUGUAUGUUCCUCAAAAGCGUAUUUCCAAAGUUUGCACAUGCAUCAAUAAACAUUUCCGUUGCGUGGCA